AUGCCAAUCAAAGUCGCAGUACUUGGAUAUGGCUUUUCGGCCAAAGUCUUUCACCUCCCGUUUAUCACUUCAGUUCCUGUGCUCCAGGUCGUCACGAUCCUUGAGCGAUCCAGCGAUACCUGUCUCCAGGAAUUCCCAGAUGUCCACGUCGCCAAAUCGAUCGAUGAUGUUUUGUCGAACCCAGAGAUCCAGCUGGUGAUCAUAACGACUGUGAAUCACACCCACUACGUAUUUGCGAAGCGCGCUCUCGAAGCAGGCAAACACGUGGUCGUCGAGAAACCGUUCACGGAGGAUUCAGUCCAGGCGCAGGAACUGUGCGAUCUCGCAGCCCACAAAAAUGUAGUGCUUAGCGUAUACCACAAUCGGCGGUGGGAUGGGGACUUUCUGACUGCCAAGAAGCUCAUCAACGACAGCAUCAUCGGCAGACCUGUUUUUUGGGAGAGCUAUUUCAACCGCUUCCAACCCGCACUGUCCGGAAACUGGCGCGAACAGGUCGGCCAAGGUUCGGGAGUUCUGUACGAUCUUGGCAGUCACCUCAUCGACCAAGUCGUGUGUGCUUUCGGAAAGCCAGCCUCUCUGACGGCGUUUACGUGGAAUGAGCGACAGACCGAGCCAAAGUCAGUGGACGACUGCUUCAUGGUCACUCUUCAAUAUCCCAACCUUGGGCUCUCUGCCCUCUGUCGCGCAUCAUGUCUGGAUGCCACGGACCCACCGUUGCGCCUCGCAGUCAGAGGUACACGAGGAACCUAUGUCAAGCAUGGUAUGGAUCCCCAAGAGUCGCAGUUGAUGGGGAUGCCAUCGCAAAAGCCUGGGUCACAUCCGGAGGCCUUUGGGCGUGAGGAUUCUAAAUUUCAUGGGACAGUCUUCAAUGCGUCAGCUAGCUCGACUGUCCCCACCAUAUCUGGCCAGUGGGUGCGCUUCUAUGAGAAUAUCGCAAAGGCAAUCGAGAGCGGCGACAGGUCCCUCCUUAAAGUCAAACCAGAAGAGGCACUGUUGGUGAUACGACUGCUGGAGCUUUGUCGGGUCAGUGCCAAGGAGGGGAAAACAGUAUAUGUAGAUUGA